UAGGUCUGAGGAGGGUCACUUCCUCGCUGGCUGCCAUCAGAAGAGUCCACCUCUCAGAGACUACUAGCUGGGAGCUGGAUGCAGUGGAAGAUAGCUAGGCAUGAUGAUUCUCCUUGCUGUGCUUUUUCUCUGCUUUAUUUCCUCAUAUUCUGCUUCUGUUAAAGGUCACACCACUGGUCUCUCAUUAAAUAAUGAACGGCUUUACAAGCUCACAUACUCCAUUGAAGUUUUUCUUGACCGGGCCAAGGGAAAACUCCAAGACAGCGUGGGCUACCGAAUUUCAUCCAGUGUAGAUGUUGUCUUACUGUGGAGGAAUCCUGAUGGUGAUGAUGACCAACUGAUCCAAAUCACGAUAACAGAUGUAAAUGUGGAAAAUGUGAAUCAACAGAGAGGAGAGAAGAGCAUCUUCAAAGGAAAAACUUCCCCUAAAAUCAUAGGAAAGGAAAACUUGGAAGCUCUGAAAAGACCUGUGCUCCUUCAUCUAAUCCGUGGGAAGGUCAAAGAGUUCUACUCAUAUCAAAAUGAGCCAGUGGCCAUAGAAAAUCUCAAGAGAGGCUUGGCUAGCCUGUUUCAGAUGCAGUUAAGCUCUGGAACCACCAAUGAGGAAGAUAUUUCUGGGAGUUGUCAAGUGACUUACCAGGCUCAGCAAAACAGAGUGGUCAAAGUCAAGGCCUUGGAUUCAUGUAAAAUAGAGAGGCCUGGAUUUACAACUACAAAUCAGGUCUUGGGUGUCAGUUCAAAAGCCACGUCUGUUACUACCUAUGAGAUAGAAGACAGCUUUGUUACAGCUGUACAUGCAGAAGAGAUUCGUGCUUUUGGGCUGAAUUUCCUACAAACUAUUGCAGGAAAAAUAAUUUCAAAGCAGAAAUUAGAGCUGAAGACAACAGAAGCAGGCCCAAGACUGAUACCUGGGAAACAAGUUGCAGCUGUAAUUAAAGCAGUUGGUUCAAAGUACACAGCUGUUCCCAUUGUGGGUCAGGUCUUCCAGAGCCUGUGCAAAGGAUGCCCUUCUCUCUCAGAGCACUGGAAGUCUAUUCGGAAGCACUUGGAGCCUGAAAACCUCUCCAAAUCUGAGGCUGUCAAAAGUUUCCUGGCCUUCAUUCAGCACCUCAGGACUGCAAAGAGAGAAGACAUUCUCCAAAUCCUAAAGAGUGAGAAGAAAGAAGUUCUACCCCAGCUGGUGGAUUCUGUCACCUCUGCUCAGACCUCAGACUCGUUAGAAGCCACUUUGGACUUUUUGGACUUCAAAAGUGACAGCAGCAUUAUCCUUCAGGAGAGGUUUCUCUAUGCCUGUGGAUUUGCCUCCCAUCCUGAUGAAGAUCUUCUGAGAACCCUCAUUAGUAAGUUCAAAGGUUCCUUUGGGAGUAAUGACAUCAGAGAGACUGUUAUGAUCAUCAUUGGAGCCCUUGUCAGGAAGUUGUGUGAGAAUGAAGGCUGCAAACUCAAAGCUGUAGUAGAAGCCAAGAAGUUAAUCCUGGGAGGACUUGAGAAACCAGGGAAAAAAGAAGACACUGUGAUGUACCUGCUGGCUCUGAAGAACGCCCUGCUUCCAGAAGGCAUCCCACUCCUUCUGAAGUAUGCAGAGGCAGGAGAGGGGCCCAUUAGCCACCUUGCUACCACCACCCUCCAGAGAUAUGAUGUCUCUUUCAUAACCAAUGAGGUGAAGAAGACCUUGAACAGGAUCUACCACCAGAAUCGUAAAAUUCAUGAGAAGACAGUGCGCACCACUGCAGCUGCUGUCAUUUUAAAGAACAAUCCAUCCUACAUGGAGGUCAAAAACAUUCUGCUCUCGAUUGGGGAGCUUCCCAAGGAAAUGAAUAAAUACAUGCUCUCCACCAUUCAAGACAUUCUACGUUUUGAAAUGCCUGCAAGCAAAAUGGUCCGUCGAGUUCUCAAGGAAAUGGUCACUCACAAUUAUGACCGUUUCUCCAAGAGUGGAUCCUCUUCUGCCUAUACUGGCUACAUAGAACGUAGCCCCCAUUCAUCAUCCACGUACAGUCUUGAUAUUCUUUACUCUGGCUCUGGCAUCCUCAGGAGAAGUAACCUGAACAUCUUUCAGUACAUUGGGAAGGCUAGUCUUCAUGGUAGCCAGGUGGUCCUGGAAGCCCAAGGUCUGGAGGCCUUAAUUGCAGCCACUCCUGAUGAGGGAGAGGAGAACCUUGACUCCUAUGCUGGCAUGUCACCCAUCCUCUUUGAUGUUCAGCUCAGACCUGUCACUUUUUUCAACGGAUAUAGUGAUUUGAUGUCCAAAAUGCUGUCAGCAUCUAGCGACCCUGUCAGUGUGGUAAAAGGACUUAUUCUGCUAAUAGACCAUUCUCAGGAGUUUCAAUUACAAUCUGGACUGAAGGCCAACAUGGAGGUCCAAGGUGGUUUAGCUAUUGAUAUUUCAGGUGCAAUGGAGUUUAGUUUGUGGUAUCGUGAGUCUAAAACUCGAGUGAAAAAUAGGGUGGCUAUAGUAAUAACUGGUGACCUCACAGUGGACUCCUCUUUUGUCAAAGCCGGCUUUGAAACCAGGGCAGAAUCAGAGGCAGGCCUGGAGUUCAUCUCCACAGUGCAGUUUUCUCAAUACCCGUUCUUAGUCUGCAUGCAGAUGGAUAAGUCGGAAGCCCCAUUCAGGCAAUUUGAGACAAAGUAUGAAAGGCUGUCUACAGGCAAAGGCUAUGUCUCUCGGAAAAGCAAAGAAAGCACUUUAGCAGGAUGUGAAUUCCCACUCCAUCAAGAGAACUCUGAGAUGUGCAAGGAGGUGUUUGCCCCUCAACCGGAGAGUAGUUCUGGUGGAUGGUUUUGAAACUGAUUGGUGAUGUUUCACUUGAAUUUGUCUCCCCAAAAGGGAUAUGACAUGAUAUUCCUAAGUACUUGCUCUCUGAGAGCACAGUGUUUACAUAUUUACCUGUAUUUAAGAUUUUUGUAAAAAACAAUGAAAAACUUCAAUUGAUUAAAUUUGGGCCUAUUCGGUAUACUACCCACAGUGUCACUCUGAGAGGUCACGUGACACUGUCAACAGCAUUCUUAUUUUCUUAUACCUCUCUCAAAUCCCAUCUAGCACACGGGGAAUAGUUCUGCUCUAAGAAGAAACUAGUGUUUGUUCAAAAAGAAAAGAACAAAACCACAAACACUUGCAAGAAUCCAGUUUUGUUUCUAUUUUCAGUCAGUGUAUAUGAAGAUAAAACCUGAAGCUUGGC